AAAACAGAUCGAUAUAAGAAUCAUCCGAGAUAAUAACAAAAACGAAAUCAGGAAUAAUCAAGUCUUUCAUCUUCAAAGCAAAACUGUUUCGUUCGUAAGUUUUAGAAUGGCGUCAGAGCAAGCAAGGAGGGAGAACAAGGUAACGGAGAGAGAAGUUAAGGUGGAGAAAGACAGAGUCCCGAAGAUGACGAGUCAUUUCGAGUCCAUGGCCGAACAAGGCAAAGAUUCCGAUACGCAUAAGCAUCAAACAGAAGGUGGUGGUACUGAGACACAGUUCGUGUCACUCUCAGACAAGGGGAGUAACAUGCCGGUUUCUGAUGAAGGAGAAGGGGAUACAAAGAUGAAGAGGACUCAAAUGCCUCACUCCGUUGGGAAAUUCGUGAUGAGCAGUGAAUCUGGGACGGGGAAGAAGGAUGAGAAGAAGGAGCAUGAGAAGGCGUCUCUAGAGGAUAUUCGUGGACAUAGAGCCAAUGCUCAGCAGAAGUCAAUGGAUACGAUACGAGCAGCAGAGGAACGGUAUAACAAGGCUAAGGAAGGUUUGAGCCAUGGUGGGCAAGAAGCUCGUAGCAGAGGAGGUCAUGAAAUGGAGGGAAAAGGGAGGGACAGUGGUGUCCAUGUUUCUCACUUUAAGCCUGUUGGUGGUGGUGGAGGAGCUGCAGCUGUCUUCGGCCAUGAAGCUCGUGGCAGAGCAGGAGAAGAAAAAGAGAGUGGUGUCCAUGGUUUUCAUGGGGAGAAAGCACGCCAUGCUCAGCUUUUGGCUACCGGAGGUGAGGAGAUGAAAGAGCGUGAACGUCAAGAAUCAACCGGUGGUGGUGGUCGGAGUGCAACAGGUACAGUGGCUGAGAAAGGACGGCAAGCUAAAGAAAGUGUUGGACAAGGUGCUCAGAAAACGGGAAGCGCUGCAAGUGAGAAAACUCAGAGAGCUUCCAGUUACGUGACGGAGAAAGGAAGGGAAACUGGACAAGUGGCGGCUCAGAAAGGACAGGAGGCAAAGGAACAAGCUGUGAGAGCUAAAGAUUACACUAUGGAGAAAGCUGGUGAAGCUAAAGAUACGGCGGCUGAGAAAGCUCGGAGAGCUUCAGAGUAUGCGACAGAGAAAGGAAGGGAAACGGGAAACACGGCGGCUGAACAGGCUGCCAGAGCAAAAGACUACACUCUGCAGAAAGCAGUUGAAGCUAAAGACAUUGCGGCUGAGAACGCUCAGAAAGCUUCCGAGUACGUGACAGAGAAAGGGAAAGUAGCUGGGAACGUUGCAUCUCAAAAAGGACAAGAGGCGGCUUCAAUGACAGCUAAAGCAAAAGAUUACACUGUUCAGAAAGCCGGUGAAGCGGCUGGGUACGUAAAAGAAGCAACGGUGGAAGGAGGAAAAGGAGCGGCACAUUACGCCGGAGUGGCAGCUGAGAAAGCGGCUACGGUUGGCUGGACAGCGGCACAUUUCACCACAGAGAAAGUGGUGCAAGGAACAAAAGCGGUAGCUGGUACAGUGGAAGGAGUGGUGGGGUACGCAGGGCAUAAAGCGGUGGAAGUAGGAUCUAAGGCAGUGGAUUUGACUAAGGAAAAAGCUGCGGUGGCUGCUGAUACGGUGGUUGGGUAUACGGCAAAGAAGAAAGAAGAAGCUCAACACAGAGACCAAGAGAUGCACCAGGGAGGUGAGGAAGAGAAGCGACCAGGGUUUGUCAAAGAAGCAAGGAGAGGCUUUGGAGAAGAGUACGGAGAAGAAAGAGGGAGUGAGAAAGAUGUAUACGGUUAUGGAUCAAAAGGAAUGUCCGGAGAAGCGAGGAGAGAUGUUGGGGAGGAGUACGGAGGAGAAAGAAGGACUGAGAAAGAUGUCUUCGGAUAUGGAACAAAAGGAAUGGUCGGAGAAGCGAGGAGAGAUGUCGGAGAGGAAUACGGAGGAGGAAGAGGCAGUGAGAGAUAUGUCCAAGAAGGAGGAGUUGGGGCGGGAGGAGUGCUUGGGGCAAUCGGCGAGACUAUAGCUGAGAUUGCGCAAACGACUAAGAACAUUGUGAUUGGAGAUGAGCCUGUGAGGACGCAUGAACCUGGAGCUACUGAUCCUGAGUAUGUGAUGAGACAGCAACAUGGACAACGUUGAUGGAGAAAUGUUUUAGGGGUUUUUUGCUUUCUUUAAAGAGGGUCUUUUGUUUUUAUGUAUAUGAAUAAAGCUCUGUUUCAAAGAGUUUUAUGGUAAAUAACAAAAAAGCUCCCUUUCUGUUUGAAAGGUUUGAAGAAUAUGUUAGUUGUUGGUUCCUUCUGUACUAAGCUUGAUCCUACUCUUGAAUACUAAGUUGGUAAACUUUUAACAU